AUGUCUGCCACUGAUAAAGCCGGCUUGCCCUUCACGGAGCAGCACUACUUCUCCUCAUAUGACCACUUCGGCAUCCAUGAGGAGAUGCUCAAGGACACUAGCAGAACGUUGGCGUACAGAUCGGCCAUGUACAAGAACAAGCAUUUGUUUAAGGACAAGAUUGUUUUGGAUGUGGGAUGUGGAACAGGUAUUUUGUCCAUGUUUGCUGCCAAGGCUGGCGCUAAGCACGUUUACUCGGUGGACAUGUCCAACAUCAUUGAGAAGGCCCGUGAGAUUGUGAGUCUCAAUGGCUUCGAUGACAAAAUCACCUUGUUGCAAGGUAAAUUGGAGGACAUUAAGUUGCCUGUGGACUCCGUGGACAUCAUUGUAUCUGAAUGGAUGGGAUACUUCUUGUUGUACGAGUCCAUGUUGGAUACUGUGUUGUAUGCCAGAGACAAGUACUUGGUUGAAGGUGGUUUGAUCUUGCCAGACAAGUGCUCUAUGUCCAUUGCUGGUAUCGAGGAUGGCCAGUACAAGGAUGACAAGAUUCACUUCUGGGAGGAUGUUUACGGCUUUGACUACUCUCCUUUCAUCAAGGUGGCCAUGGUGGAGCCUUUGGUGGAUACCGUGGACAACAACUCAUUGGUGACCGCUCCAUAUAAGUUUUUCGAGUUCGACAUCAACACUGUGACCAAGGAGGAGUUGUCUUUCCACUCUAGCUUCGAGUUGGAGGCCUUGGACAACGACUUGUGCCAUGCAUACAUUGUUUGGUUCGACUGUGACUUCCCAGGUGACGAGAAGGUGACUUUACCUACUGGUCCAAUGAACCACUACACACAUUGGAAGCAGACUGUGUUCUACAUGGACCAGGUGCUCGACUUGAAGAAGGGAGACACCAUCAAGGGUACCAUUGCUUCCAGACCUAACAAGGUGAACCCACGUGAGGUGGAUGUAGAGAUUGAGUGGGAUCUCCAAACCCAGACAAAGGAUAAGUCCAGAGAGCAGAAGGGUAAGUACAAUUACUUUAUGCGUUAA